CUAAUGUCAAAUUCCAAGGGAGCAUACUCCUGUAGGGCGUAGGUCAAAAAUAACAACAAAAAUGAUAAUAUUUCCCGAUUAAUACUGGUGACAAUAAUGGCUCAGUUUGGUAAAGACAUAGAUAAUGUGACCGCCAGCAGUUCAAUUAAAAUCACUGACACGGAGACCACAGACACAUUCACGAUCUAUGUUAUUGAAGUGACCAUUGGCUCAUACUCCUGGAAGGUGAAGCAUCGAUACAGUGACUUUCACGAUCUGCAUGAGAAGUUGUGUUCCUCAUGUAAACUGGACAAGAACCUGUUGCCGCCUAAAAAAUUAUUUGGGAACCAGUCGGAGAGUUUUAUAAAGAAGCGCCAGCAUGAUCUUGAGAUCUACUUACAGACUGUACUACACUUUGUGUCACAGAAAAUGCCAAACUGUCUGGCAGCUUUCCUGGAAUUUGAUCAAUAUGAAAUUCAUGGAAUUACCCAAGUUAUGGCAGAGGAACUUUAUGAGAAAGGAGAUAUGAUACUACAAACCAGGGAAUUGUACAAAACAACUCCACUCCACCUGUAUGCCCUCACGGAAAGAUUGAAGCUGCCAGAACCUACCUGUGAAAGUGGAGAUGUAAAAAGAGAUUUGGGCCACAUACUGGACUUUAUAACCAGAUUGAAAUGUAUACAGGUAUGUGGAGGGAAGAAAAUUGGCAACAGUAACAUUGAUACAUACAGUUUACAGUUUGAUCUUACCCUAUUCAAGUCCCUGCAAAAACUAGAGUUGAAGUCAGUUAAUUUAGCAUUGAUUGGAGGCCUGGAUACUGUGAAACAAACAUUACAGACAAUCACAGUAAAUAAAUCUGUAUCAUCCAUUAAAGAAGUGUUGUUACAAGAUUUACCUCAGUGGAAGGCAGAUGAUGGUACACUACUCGUAUCUUACUGGGAUAAUAUCACACAUGUAGACUUCAGUCAUAACUCUAUCACAGAGAUAGAUGAUGCUAUGCAACUAAUGCCUAAGGUUGUGCGACUUGACCUCAGUCAUAACAAGAUUACAGAAAUCAAACACCUCCAGUGGUUGAGUCACAUGACCUAUCUGGAUAUGUCAUAUAAUGAUAUAGAAGAGCUGGAGGCCCUGCAUUCAAAACUGGGGAAUCUGAAAACACUAAAUCUAGCUGGGAAUAGAUUACAUUCCUUACAAGGUCUUUCAAAGCUAUUUUCUCUGGAGCAAUUAGAUCUCAGCUACAAUCAGGUUGCUUUGGUUGAUGACAUCAAGCCUAUCAACAGACUACCAUGUGUUGAACAGCUGUUGUUGAUUGGUAACCCAGUAACUAUCACCCUUGACUACAGAACUAAAACACUCGCCUUGUUUGGUGACAGAGUUAGCGAGAUAUGUCUGGAUAAAGAAGUGACCACUGAGAAAGAACUUGACACAGUGAAAGUGUUACAGGCCAUACAGAAAUCCAAAGAUAAAGCAAAAGAAAUCAACAUAAAGAAGGCCGCUAGUGGUGCCUCUCUCACCGAUCUAUCACACACUCCAAGUUCCAGCAGCCUAGGCGGUUACCAUGGCAACACACAAUCAUCAGGUAAUAAAGUAAGCCAAGAAGCCUCCCUCCUUCAGAAAUAUAGCUUAUAUGUUCGUCCAUCUAAUACAGGUAGAGGGUCAUUAAAUACUAACACUGUAAAAACAUUGCACAUAGAUACUCCAGAUUCAGGCAUGUCAGCAUCUCCACAUUUAUAUCCUUCAUCACAGCCAAAAAAGUCACCAUUGAGGUCCGUGGAUUUAGACAAUGGAAAUCAGCAGAUAAAAAGAAUCUCAAGUUCAAGGCCCUCAUCAACAUCCAGCAUUUCAUCAUCGUCAUUGGCUACUCAUUAUGUAAAUAUAACAUCGCUUCCGGAUCACAAAAGCUCUGAUUUCCCCGUGUGGCUCCAUACAAGACUUUUCGGGCAAGGAGCUAGUUCUGGUGAAACUGUAGAAGCAAUCAAGUGUGUAUUAUGGUGUUUGGUUGUUCAGUACAGCAACCGUGAUACUCGACUGCCGUGUUGUGUCGUUCUUACAGAAAGGCGAGUGUUUAUUUUGCAGUUGCGCAAUCAAGACUCGCCAAUACAGGGUGUUCCAGCAAUGGAGACUUUUUACAUCCUGCCUUUGUGCAAUAUCCAACAGGUGUUAACAGGAUUAUGUUACAGUUAUAUCAGAAUAGAGGAAUCAUUUGUCGGGCCAUCGGGAACUUUUGCUCUCGUUGCUGCCGACCCAGAUAUCGGAAAGGAAUUUUUUGAAGAACUGAAAUUGUGUGCGGAGUCCAAUCCAGAAGAUUGUGAAUUGGAUAUAAUAAAUGGUGUACAGGACUGUGAUAUUUCAAAACAGAUAUUUGACUGUGAAGAAGUGAAUGGCGAAUGCACGGGAAGAGUUGCCUUAGCAACACAUGUAACUGAAGCUAAAGCAGGGUCUGAAUCCUUUUUGGUGUUGUCAGAGAAUCAUGUAUAUGUUUUUAAGUCUUGUUCGUUAUUCUGGCCAAAGCCAACAUUUGAUGUGAAUGAAAUUGAAACAGUUCCCAAGUUUGAAAUAAGGCAACAGUUUAGUGUGGAGGCAAAAAUAAGCGAAAUAAACAAGUACAAAGUGUGCGAGGUAAGGCCUUCAGGGGAAAGCGAAAAAUACCAACCAGAGCAUAAUAUUUCCAACAUAAAGUAUCAAGAAUAUGGCUUGUCUAUGGUAUUUCAUGAGGUACUUGGAUCACAGAAGUUUGACUUUCAGUUUCUGUCCAAAAAAGUGCGAGACUCGUUUCUUGACCGACUGACCAGCUUGAGGUCGGAACAUGCACAUAGAAUGUCGCCAACGUUACGUCAGGAACCGGAGGGUGGGAAUGAAUCAUCUGAUGGCUCAGAAGACAAGGAAAUUGUGAAAGAUAGUAAUAAAGAGGAAAGUAUUUACAAGGAAGCAGAAAUAGACAGUGAAGAUUCUGAUGCAGAGAAUGUUGAAGAAAAUAUGGGGAUACAGUCAUUUGCAAAACGAAAGUUGAGAUCAAAGACCGAAAUUGUUUUUACGAAAAGGUUUGUAGAAACCCCUGAAGCAGAACAAGAUUUACCAAGCUAUACAUUACAUUAUCUCACUCCAGAGUUGAUUUCUCAUUUAGAAGCAUGUGUAAAGAGGUAUACAUUAUUUCAGCCACUUUCUGCAAAACUGCAAGCACUGCGUGAAAUGAAUGGUCAAAGCCUUGCCGAGUUUUUCCACACGAAUAUUGUCCCAGUUGGCCAUGAUGAAGUUGAACUACAUCAUGUAAUUUGGACAAAUGUCAUUCCAUAUACAAACCCGAAAGAUGAAAUAGUGACUUGUGUCAUGUUGAGCAACAGGGCUGUCUAUUUUGUAUCAGACAGACCCGUAAAACUGCAUCAGGCUACAGGGCGGCCAUCUUGGAUGACCCAUGCACGACAUGUGUCAGACUCUGUGAUUGGUCUACAAGCAAGAAAAGCGGACAAGCAUCACAGCUCAGGAAUACUGCACAUGUCAGAGAGCACUGAAGCCAUUGUAAAACCAUUCUGUGUUCUAGACUUUGCGGAUAUCAAGCAGAUCAAUGUUGGAUUGUUCGACCAGUGUUUACGCUUGACCGGCGACAAGAGGGAAACAGUAUUCACACUCAUUACACGUAACUCUGAAAUGACUAGCUUGUUCAUGAAAAAUCUGUCCACAAUGUUGUCAUUGUACAUUGCUUCACCAAUGUUAGAGUCUAGUUCCAGUGACCUUGAACAGGACUUCUACAAAGCCUUCAAUAAGAGGACAAAAACUACGCUUGAAGGUAUUGAAUAUGUUCAUCCAAGCAGAGUGAAAUUCUGUUACCCAGGAGACGAAGCGAUAUCUGACCUACUUUACCUAAUAAAUGAACACCUGAAGUCAGCUUCAAUCAAAGUUGGUAGAGAAAAUAUUCUACAGUAUAUAACUGGCUUCAAAACACAGUCCCAGAAUAAAGAGGUCAACUCUGUGCUGCUUGAACCAAUCAGCAUCAUUCUUACAAAUGAGUGUCUGUGUUUUGUCACAGAAGAUUUGGUUAGCUAUCCUUUACCAGAUUUUGUAAGAGGGUUACCCAGCAUGCCACGCCAGUAUGUUACUGAUGUAAAAAAGAUUGAAUACUUGAAAUACAUAAAACUGAACAGUAAUGAACAAAGGGACAUCACUCUGGUGUUCUCUGACGAAAAAGAGGACAUUAUUCUUAUUCCUGACCAUUACAGUCUGAAAGACACCAGGGGGCGCAAUACAGCACCAGAAAUUCCAGUUCGGUUGUUAAUACAGAGUGAAAGAGAAGUGAAAAAGUUCCUUAUGCUGAUAAAAAGUCAGUGGAAAGAAGUAAAUGCAGGUCAGAAUGAUGAGUUGCCAGUUCACAAUAUUUGACAAGUACUAAUAUUCAUGUGAUAUUUAUUGUGUAAGUUAGUGAAUAUUUUUGUGUCAAAAAUAUUUCACGAAUUACUGUAUGUAGACAAUGCGUGUGUAGACAAUUUGUGUGUGGAAAUGUUUGCGAAUAUAUUUUUUAUAUGUGAUAAAUAAUGUCCUCGCAAUCGAUGAUAUUUGGAUAAUUACCAAGAACUGUUCAAUUAAGACUCAUGAGGCAGUUUCCGUAAAACGUCAGUCGCUCGAAGUCACAUAGGGAUGGGUAAAAUGUUAUAGAUUUCCAUGCUUUUGAGCUACACAUAGACAAUUAUAAGGAAAACAGUAGGGGCCACUUGAAUUCCUGAGGGUAGUCUUAGUGCUACAGCCAUUGAUGCUGGAGCUAGCAAUGCUUCAGUGUAGAUCUAUUUUGUUUACAUGUUAUUGUUAUCAGUAACGACAAGUGUUUUAAUCUGUUUUAUCCGAAAGUUGGAAACUAAGCACUAUCACGUAAAUGAUUGUAUUUUGAGGUAGUGAUUGGCAUAAACUAUUGUGUGUCACUAAUUUUGCAAGUAUUUUGCGAAUACUUGCAAUUUGCAAAAAAUGGCCAACACUGCAUUAGCGCAGAAGUAAACAUUUUUACAGUAAACUGAAAUUCUAUCAAGGAGCAAGUAGUUUAACUUGUUACAGAGUUUUUGAUAUGGCGUAAAAAAAAAUUGUUUGUUUCCGGUAUCCCGACCUACCCUAAAUUUUUGGCCCGACCCUAAAUGUUUUUAUGGCCUUGGAGAAUAUUUUUUUCAACUUUUUAACAAAAAGAUGCAAAACUGCACUUUUUAUGCUUUAAACAUAGCCAGUGAUGCUAGAAAUCAACUUACUGAUGCUCUAAAGGCAUAACCCCCUUAUUUGUAAUCAUUUUUGACAAAAAAAUAAUUUCCGAAAAGUCCCCCUUAAUAAAAAAAAUUUCCAAAAAAAAAAAAAAUUCCGACCUACCUACCCUAAUUUUUUUCAGCAUGUUACCGGAAACAAAGAAUUUUUUUUUUAGGCCUAUCAAAGAAUGUGUCCAUUUGAUAUAAAUGUAUGCCACUAAAUGUCUUAGAUAAGAGGAGUGUUGUGAUUGCGUAAUUAUUUUUAAAUCAUUCCGUGCAAGAUCACAUGUUAAAUGUAACUUUUAGAAUGUAUUUUAUUGGUCAUUUUAUGAAAUUUUAACUUUGAAACUGUUUUUUUCAUCAUUAUAAUAACAUAUAAACAAAGGUGCAAGUUUGAUGAGAUUUUAGUACAGUGGGAUAUUUUAUGCUGGGCUGCAGUUUUGCAAAAUAAAAAAGUAAGCCUGUUUUCAUGAAGGAAUAAUAAUGGGGAUGUUGCUAUACAAUGAAAUGGAAUGUACAUCAUUCUGUAGUAGUAGAGAAUACACACUGGAAGUGUAAUUCCUGAGGAUAUUAAAAUGGCAGAUAUGUGUUGAAAAUUAUUUUUAUCUAACAUUUACAUAAAUUGGUGAUUGCAUUUUUAUGCCCCCGAAGGUGGGCAUAUUAAAAUCGCCCUGUCCUUUCAGACAUGCAUGCAUCCGUCCAUGCAAAUUCUUGUCCGGGCUGUACUCUGCAAUCCAUAGAGGGAUUUUGAAAUAACUUUGCAUGAAUGUUCUCCUUAAUGAGACAAGGUCACACUUAGAAGUCAGAUUUUAACAGAAUCUGUUUCAUGUCCAGUCUGUAACUCUGUCAUUUAUGAAGGGAUUUUGUAAUUACUUGGCAUAAAUAUUCCCCAUAAUGAGACAACAUGUCAUGUGCAAGAUCCAGACCCCUAGCUCUAAGGUCAAGGUCACAGAGGUUAGGUUAACAUGGUCUGUUUCUUGUCCCAUAACUCUGCCAUUGAUGAAGGGAUUUUAAAAUUACUUGGCAUAAGUCUUCCCUAUAAUGAGAUGACAUGUCAUGUGUAAGACCCAGACUCCUGGCUCCAAGGUCACAGUCACACAUUGAUUUUUUGUCUGGUCCAUAACUCUGCAUUUGAACCAUAUUGGGAAGGUGUGUCAGGCUUAUGUCCCCGGUUUCUCUGGUCAAGGUUACGAAAUGAUGUGAUUUUUUUGUGCAGACGACUAGCAUUCUUGGGCAUGCUUAGGGGGCAUUUGUCAAUAAUAGUGACAGUUCUUGUUUUUCUACACUUGAGCAAAUCUGUAUGUAAUGAACUAUUUUCAAUAUGAGCAAGGAAAGACAAUAUUGCUUGAUGUUCUGUUAUCACCAAUACUUCAAGUGUUGUUUAUUUCAUUAAAUUUAAUAAUUAUACAGUUGUGAUCUUAAUAUAUUAUAAUUGGAUGUAUGCUCCUCAUUGAAAGCCUACGCAUUGCCAAAUACUUCCAGCAGCAAGACUGAAUAAAAAAAUUUGGACCACAAGCAAGCUUUUAUGAUGGAAAUGAACAGAAAACCUACAAUUUUGAUGCCAUUUUUCAAAUCUGUUCAAACGAUUAAAGUGUAAAUUUAAUGAAACUUCUUGAAGUUUCAAAUAAACAUAUUUUCUUUCAGAAUCUAGGUCGUGUUCUUAGUUUUGAAAUAUCUGCACAUCGCAAAAUUUUAUGUUGAUUUUAUGACAUUACUUGAAAUUGUUCCACUUGUCAACAUUUCUGUUACUUUAAUUUUUAGAAAGAUACUAACUGCCAGUUUUAUCAUUUGACACACAGGUUGCAAUCUUUUCAUUUUAUGAAUUUUGUUUAGUAUGCUGGUUCCAGGUUUUCAUCAUCAUCUAAAGUAAUGAAGUGAAACUAGACUUUUUUCGUCAGUGACACCAGUUGAAGUGAUUUAAUAGAUGCAGAUACUGUGAAAUAUUCCAUUUUUAUGGGGAACAAAUUUUCAAGGUUGCUGCAAUCCAUGAAAUCAAUCCAAACGGACGAGCGAAAGUCCCUUUAAAACUUGAAAUCAACAAAUUUAUUUCCCCACAAAAUAGCCAUUUCAACCAAAACCACAAAAUUUUGUGUGAUUAGAUAUACAUAUGGAGUGGAAGCCCAGUAUAAAAAUCUCCCACUUUAACACUAUUUUUUUUUACUUUUUAUUUUUAUAUGCAAUAUAUAGAAUAUAGUCCAGCUUUAAAUAGUCUAUUGCAGUAUGGUCAUAAUGCACAUCUUUUAACUUGAGCAUUUUGAGAGCUGUUGGAUGCAUUAAAUCAUGUCUGUUGAAAUUCUACCAUGUAUUUUGAAACAUUUUUGUUAUAUUCUAUAUGUUUUUAAGAAAAAGGGUUAGUACUAUUGACUACAGUGUGUAAUCUAUUACUAAAGAACAAAAGAUUUUGAGACUUAUA